AUGUCCACCAAACACAACGAACCCAAAGAAGAAUGCCCUGACACCAGUGGGUCCAGCGACAACAACGUGAACCACUACGUCAACAAAGAUGAAAUCACAAACAGCCUACGACAGGCUACUGACCGAACUCGCCAUGGUGGACAGCCGGCUGCAGAAGAUGCAGACACCGUGGGCCGCAGGGGGGCUGGCAUGGUCCAGAAUGUGCUGUACGUGCCUGGUGCGAUACGACAAGGAGAUCGCACGGAUGUGACAUGUCGCCGGUACGUCCUGUCAUGGGUCGUUGCUGUAACGUUAGCAGCCGUCUUUGGGAUAGGAGUUGGUCUCGUCACAUAUUACACGAUCGUACAGGAGACUAGUACUCAUCCGUUCUCACACAACAGUCCUCCGGAGCGGCGUGGUACGUCAAGCCAACCAUCGUUAUCACCAAUUCCCGCCACCUCUGUCGGUAUCACAUUGGAAAACCGGAAAAAUGAAGCCCUCUCGUCCACAUUGGAAACAGUCUCGCCGGAGCGGCGUGGCACGUCAAACCGACCAGUGUCACCAAUUACCGCCACCUCGAGCUCUGUCGGCUCUACAUUGGAAAACCAGGAAAAUGAAGCCCUCUCAUCCACAUUGGAAGUCCUGCCGGCUCAGUGGCCGCCUGGCUGUGGGCUGGAAUGCAAAGACGGGUUUUGGGAAAAUGGAGUCUUUCAUAUUCCAAAACGGAGAGGUUGCCAAAAGGGGUGGGUUUACCAUCAGCCUAGUCGCCUAUGCUACAAGGCCUUCAACGACAGGACAACCUACAGCGGUGCAGUCAGUAGGUGUUCUUCAGACGGGGGAACCCUUGCCAUGCCCCGCGACACUGCAACCAACAACUUCCUCAUCGAUCUGAAAAAUGAAGUCGACAACGACGCUUGGUUCCGCUUUGGACUGACUGAUGAGGAAGGAGUUUGGAUGUGGGACGAUAACGUUCCUCUGGGCGACUUCAGAGCUUGGGGUACAGGAGAACCCAACAACGCAGAGGAGAACUGUGCCGAGUACUUUCCCGAAACCUUUUCCGAGUACAAAGCAGGCUCGUCCUUAAAGAACAGAUGGAACGAUGGACCAUGUACCACAGCCGACAGGACGUUCAUCUGUCAAGUCUCUCCGCCAUCAGGUGUGAAUAUCGCCCUGGGGAAGGCAGCGUUCCAAACAAGUGACCCCAUAGGCGCGCCUGCCAGCCGUGCAGUGGACGGGAACACUGAUACCAACUACCUCGCUGGGUCCUGCACACACACUAACUUUGAUCCGGGAGAGGCUGAUCCAAGCUGGUGGGUGGAUCUUGGUCAACCGUGUGCGAUUGACAGAGUGGUCAUCUUCAACCGCCAGGAAUGUUGUCCUGAACGACUCAACCCCUUCAACAUCCACAUCGGGGAUUCCGACCAGGUCAGCGAGAACCCCAAGUGUGGCGGUGAUCAUAAAAUCGACGUGAACCAGCCGUCCAUUUCCGUCUCAUGUCAGGGGAUGAGGGGGCGGUAUGUGGGCGUCCGUCUCCCCGGACCCUCCCGAGUACUGACCCUGUGUGAAGUCCAAGUCUUUUCGGGUAGGCCUUCCCUGCAUUCACUUUUAUACAUAGCCUGUAAUGCGGAAGGGGCGACUCUAGCCAUGCCUAAAACGGAAGAACUGGACCUCGCUCUCAGACGCCUGGUCAAGAUGUCCGGAGGCAACUCCGAUCACUGGAUCGGUCUGAGGGGGACCUACAAUGGACGGCUGGGAAAAUGGGAAUAUAAAUGGGAGGACGGGUCACUUUUGGGAAAGUACCAGCUAGAAACCAAUCAAAACUGUUGCUACGCAAAGCAGGUGCCGGGCUGUAGUGACUACAUAUACAUGAGAGAUUCUUUCAUCUACAAGUGA